AGUGCAGGCCUGAUGACAGCGGCAUGAACGACCCCUUGCUGUCUGUCGGUGACACCUACCGUCUUUACAACAACAUCCACAGCAAGGUGUCUGAUGCCCCAGCUUUCACCGUUCAGACCACAUAUCAGCCGUUGAUAACCCCCUCUGGAGACUGCAGGCCUCAGGGCUGGUUUGCUCAUGGAUUCGUCUCCCAAGGGUUCACACUGAUGCUGCAGUCUCCAUGUCAUAAAUCCUCCCUGCUUGAAGAAGGGCUGGUCUAACAGGCAGCACUGACCUUCAGGCUGAAAGGUCAGACAUUGUGAGGGUGAAGUCCAAUGGAUCAUGGUGGUCAGUUUGAGAGGGAGGACAGAGUAAUGACGCAUGUUCCUGUGGGCAGAGUUGACCUCUGUGAUAACCAAACCAACCCUGAAGCUCUCACUGCCCAAACUCGAAACCUCAAUGAGACAAACACACAGAAUCAAAGUCUCUCUCCUUCACAAAAUGAAGAGGGGGGAGGGCGCAGGCUUAUCCAAAAAACCUCUUUCAACAACAAUGGGAAGGAUGAGGAGGUGGAACAGGGGAAGGAGGGAUACACAGGAAGAGGUAGAGAGGAGAAUGAGACAGAAGACAUUGAUGAGGUGAUGAAAGAAGAAGAAGAAGAGGAGGAGGAAUCAGAGGAAUCAAGUGGUCUAAUUUGCUGCCAGUCUCCAGACACUCCCAUGACUGAUUCAUCAUACUCAGAAACUGGCAGUCUGCUGGAGACUCCAUAUCCUUUCAGUCCUGGGACCAGUCCAGAGCCUGCAUCACCUGUCAUUCCAGUGAUCAGUCCAGAAACUGCAUAUCCCAUCAGUUCAGAGGAAUUCAGCCAGAGUGAUGUUAAAGUGGACUCUCAUAUGUCCAUCACUGGAUCAGUUGCCUUCACAACAGGGCCUAUCGAUUCUACUACAUUAACUAUAACCUCAGAUGCAAGGCCCACGUGCCCAACUGGGCCCAUAUGUAUCACAGAAGUGAAAAAUACUGAUUCCACUACAGAACAUCUUACCUCAUCUACAGAGCCUGUCUUCUGCUACGGGCCUGCCAGUUCAUAUGCAGCACUUAUCACCUCAACUGCAGAGACAUUUACAGUCACUGCUUGCACCACAAGGCCCUACACUUCCACUGCUUCAACUCCUAUGAGUGCAACAACGGGACACCUUUUCCCCACCAUAGAGCCUACGACUACUGGUACAGAAUCCACUUCCACCACAGGACCUAUAACCUCAAACUGGGAACACAUUACUUCCAUGCCAGUUCCCACUUGUUUCUCAGUUCCCACUUUCACCACUGGGCCUAUGCCAAACCCUGCUCUGCUGGAGUCGCUUGAGCAGUUGGCACAAAGAGGAGAUGACACUCAUCUUCCACAUUACCUUCACCAGAUUGCUGAGGCCUUUGUCCUUCACGAAGACUACCAGAGGGCAUUAUGGUGCAUCCAGCUAGAGCGACUCUAUCACCAGAGGGUAUUGGACAACCUGAAUACACUACAGGAGCAGUGGGAGAGCCAUUGUAAAAGGACUUCCUCUGACCUGGCAACCCAACAUCUGGACACUCUUAAACACAUCUGCCAGACGCACAGUCGACCAAGGGCUAGAGAUGCUGAGUGUGCAUCUCUGGACUUUGUGAGGCCUACAUUCAAAGAGGGUGGAGCACUGCCUUCAUGUACCUCAGCCCAUCAGGUUGACGGAGGGAUGGAGCAGAGAGCCAAAGACUUCUCCGGUUCUCAGAGCAGUGAUCCGGUCAUACCUUCCGUUAAUUUGGCUGAUAGGCUCAAUUCCCCUGAUAUCUCAGAAAAGGACAGGGAACACCCAGAUAGGGAAUUAGAGGGGAGGGACUGUUUCCAUGAAUCUCAGCUGACUGACAGGCAGGGCAGCGACAGAGAGGGAGGUGAGGCAGAAGGAGGGGUAGGACACACCAUUUCAGCCACAGGAAAUGGUCUGCACCCCUCUACAGCUGCAGAAAUGGAUCAGUCCAAGCCCGCAGAGCAGCAGGGAGGAGAUUUAGGUCCAGCAGAGGGAAAGGAGGCAAAAAGGGAAGAAGAGGAGAGGGACGUAGAGGUGGCAGCAGAGGCUUUGGAGAUGGAAGAUGAGGGAGAGGAAGACGAGGAGGGGAAGCAGAAGGAAAGAGGCUCUGCUUUUAGUCAAAAAGCUCUCCCGGUGGAGACUCUGGUCAGUGGGGCAGAGGUGGAGGUACAACCGCUACACCAGGAAGCCCCAGCUGAGGAGAAACUACAUGAGAAGACCCAGGAGAGCUCUAAACCCUGCCUGCACCAGGAGGCCCAGCUUCCUCAGGAGACUCAUAUAAAGCAGCAGGAGCAGCGUGAGGAGGAAGAGGAGGAGGAGGAGGAGGAGUACGAAGUAGAGCAAGCUGACAUUAUCAGAGAAGCUGCCUCACUGGACGACAUGGCUAAACUCAUCACUGUAGAGGAGAUUUCUCCAGCCUCUGGCUUGGUCUCCAUAUUGAAGAAACGUAGUGUCCAUGUGGACAACGUGAGUGUGUCUCACAGUUCAGAGCCCUGGCCUGACAAGCCCACUGCCAAAAGACGCGUCCGCUUCAAAGUCCCUGAUGACAACUAUGAGCAGGACGUUGGCGGUGGAGACUCCUGCCUGCUUCUCUUCCUGCUUUGUCUGGUUACUGUAGUGAUCAGUGUGGGUGGCACCGCCCUUUACUGUGCUCUGGGCGAUGCCCACUCAUCGGUCUGUCAGGACUUCUCCAGAAACGCAGACUUCUACAUUGGCCAGAUACAGCGCGGGAUAGCUCAUAUCCAACACUGGUUUACCCCCGGGUCAUAGCAGCAAACGGUUUGUCAGCAUUGUGGAGCCACUGGCCUUACUGUUUGUCAUCGUGGGUUCCAACAGUUCCCGCUGCUUCCUGGGACAGUGUCUUCUGAGGUAAUGGUGCCAGGCAUCUGCUACAGCCCCUGCCACCAUGUGAAGUAAGAGGCCAUUAUGCUGCCUAAUUGGCUAAAUGAGUAUAUCAGACACAAUAGGCAUUUGUAAGGCUGCUCCACUGCAUUUUUAAUGCUCUGUGAAUGAAAUUCCAGGGUUCACUGAGACUGAAAAUCACAGGUCAGACAUCCUUUUAAGGCACUAAUUUAAAAGGAAAAGCAGAGCAGAAGAAGGAAAAACUGACCGACAUCCCUUUCAGCCCUGUCCAAAUUAAAAAGGUAACACAUUCUCAAGCUAGGUUUAAAAUUUUGAUGUGAUGAAAGUGUCUUGUUGAACAAGCUGAGAUCUGUCUCCAUACGCACAUUCAAAGUCCCCCAGAGAUACUUCAAAAGUCACUGGCCGGUAAAUCAUCGGCCACUGAAUACAAACUUUCACUGACUCACACUGUACUCCAAGACUCAACUCAGCUCAGUUAAGAAUAAGAUCAAAGUCCUAACAGCUACAACCCACAGAGAUGUAAAAAAAAAAAAAAAAAGAAAGACAUAAUGUAUAGUUUGUUAAGUGGGGGGG